CUGAAUCUGUUUCUAACUGAAUUCGAUGGAGUUCGUUGUGACGCGUUAUGACCGAACACACUGCGGUAACCAGGCGACAGAAAAGCGGAGGAUUUCUCACUAUUCAUCUGAUCUUUCUAACUGAACGCGGGGUGUUUGAGCGAGUUGACAGUUAUGACACCAUAUUGGAUAAGUCUUGAUUUGGCUACAGAUCUUCUUCUGGCUGCAGCUGGACUUGCGGUCGCUGCUGCAGGAUUUUAUUAUUUGGUGAAGAAGCUAAGAGAUGGACAGAAAAGAGCGAAGAGAUAUUUGGAGAAAAGACUGAGACAACUGGAGGAACUGAUCUGUGAGAUACAGAGAGAGAAUAAGAGAGAAAUUGAGAUCCUGCAGACUGCUCUUGCUGAAGCUGAGAGUAAAUAUGAGAAGGUGAUGAAGUCCCAAGUUCAGGUAGAGAACGAGAACUUGGACCUGAUAUUCAAUAUACAUUUGCUGCAAGACACAUUGCAGGACUACAAGAAAGAGCUUCAUGCGGCAUACAGGAAGUGCAGCAUGUCACUGAUGGAGUACGAGCAGGAGAAGUUCACUCACAGUCUCUUACAGGCAAAGUUCAAGAAGAUGGAGGGAACUUUGAAAAGGAACUUUGACUCUUUAAAAUGCUUUAAGAUCUUGUUGCCCAAUAUUGAGAAGAACUCUGAGAAGAUGCUGGAAGCCAAUGCUGAGCUACAGGAGGAAAACUUCCACCUGAAAGCUGACAUCAUCUUACUACAAGACAGAGUGAAGCAGAAGAAGAAAGAUCUCAGCGAGGCGAACAGGACGUAUAAAACGCUCAAUAUUGAGCGUGAGCAGGAGAAGAAGGAUCACAGUCUGCUGAAGUCAGAGUACCUAAAGAUAAUAAAUACUAUAGCACAAAACGAAGAGUCCGUAAGGAAAUUGCAGACUGCGGUAGCUGAAACUGAGACGAAAUGUGAGCAGGUGAUGGAGUCCAGCGCUGAGUUAGAGACAGAUAACUCCUUACUGAGCGUCGACUUGGACAUUCUGCAUACCAGGGUGUGCAAGUUGAAGAAUGUUCUCUAUAAGAAACAAUCCCAACAUAAAAACAAAACUAAUGAUUAUCAAACGAUACUGGAGCAUUACAACCUCCUGAAAUCUGCGUACAAAAAGAUGGUAGAGAGCUGUGAGACGUUCACUCAGGAGAAGCAGCAUGAGCAGGAAGCUCACAAUAUCCCGAGGACUCGAUCUAAUCAGCUAAAGGAGGUUUUUCCUAUCAACAAGCAGUCGUUAAAGGAGAUGGAGUGCACUGUUCAGCAGAUAUCUGACCUGACAUCCAAGGUGAUCACACUGCAAGCCACCAAACAGAAGCUGGAGGAAGAGCUCCGACAUGCACGCUGGAGAUGUCACACGUUAAUGGCGGAGAAAGAGCAAAAGAUGGUGGCUGAAAAGUUCCAACAGCUGCAGUACAAAGAGAUGAAGAAAAAUUGUAAACGGUGUUAUGAGUUACUAAAAGUACGUUGUUUUUCUUCUCAUGACUGAUGAAGCUCACCGUGUGUCAGUUACGGAAACAUAACAAAGACGGAUCUGAGGACCCCGAGGACCCAUAAAUACCUGGCAGUGGUGGAGUUUAACACUUAAUACUUACUUACCAGACAUAAUGGUCUGUCUGGUUUCAUGUAAAGCUUAGUGGUUGUGUCUGUGAGCUGCUGAAUGCUGAACACUUUUCUAAAUGUUGGACCAUUUCCUGGUCAAAAAUAUAAUGUUCUUUGUCAUGGGUUUCAGUUGAUGAACUAUGGGAGCUUGAAGCUCCGGCUCUCAGGAGGGCUUUUGUGGUGUCAGUAUGGAUGGAGUAGCUUCUGGCUCAUUACUACAGUUAGGUGCAGUUUUGUUGGAUGGACCCAUAAACCCCAAAUACCUACCAGGGGUGGAGUUUAACACCUGAUUAAAUAGGUAGAUUGAGGAUGGCCUCAAACAGCAACGGUCAAACUAUCUUGUGCCACAAGACACUCAAAUCUCGCACAUGACCACAGAAUCCACAGUCACUUCCUGGACGGCGGAGACACAUGGCACAUGUAGCAGGGCAUCCACCAACUUCACCUGCCUGUUACAGUGAUGCCCAGGUGCUCUUUCUACCCACAGCUGAUGUGAGGAGAACUAUAUGCAGAGUGCUGGACCAGACACCGUUCCUGAAAGAGUGCACAGAAAAUGUGCUAUACAGAUGACUCAAUGUAGAUGUUGGGUAUUAACAGUAAGUAGUACGUCACUGCUGUGAUAUGAUUCCAGACUAGGUGUUAAUCAUACUGCCCCUGGUGGGGUAGGAAGGGAGAAGUGUGAACUGGCACUAACCCUAACAAUACUCUCAAAUAAACAAAGUUUUCGAUUUGA